AAUUAGAUUUAUGGCUUGCCCAUCUUGUUCAUUUAAUAGACUAAUUGGGGAAAGAAGAAUCCAUUAUUCUUGAUUGUCUAGUUAAAAUCAGAAGCCACAUUGCUCACGGGGAUACGAUUUGUGCAAAUGACAUAAUCGCACAUGCACAUUAGCCCGAAUAGCAUCUUUACACAAAUGACACAAUUGGCACCGGGUUUUGUUUUUUUUUAUCUCCUCUUCUUAAAGUCAUAGCACCAAGUUCCAUUAAAUCUAAAGUUUCCUUGCGUUUCCUUACUCAUAGCUUGCAAUCUUGGCCAGAGGCUUACACCAUUCUUUAAGAUCUAUGAGUCACGUCAGUGAGCCUGGGGCAACCCAGGCUCUGUCAACGUAAAGGAGCGAGCCAGGAACAACCAUCCAGGAACAAAAAUCUCUGCGACUAACAUUCACACAUUCGGCUCAAGCGUUUUGACUGAAUCCUAGCUGCGACGUGCCACCAACCCGGGCGCCGAUUGCAGUUUAUUCCACCAGUAAGGAGUUAAGAAAAUCAUAGAGGAACGGGACUCCAAGGAAGAGCCCUUUAUGGGAUGCGUUUAAACGGUCUUGGGUUUUGCAUCUAUGUAUUCAGACAUACAGUCAGAGCGGCCUGAUAUUGGGAAUAUCAUGACUCAUCCUGAUUAUCUUGAUGGAAACCCAGAUCUGAUCAAACCUAAAAAGCUGCUCAAUCCUGUAAGAGCCUCAAAAAGCCACCAAGAACUUCAUCGGGAACUACUUAUGAAUCACAGAAGAGGAGUUGAGAGUAAACCAGAACUGCAAAGAGUCCUGGAACAUCGCCGACGAAACCAGCUGUUGAAACAGAGGAAAGAAGAAGAAGAGGCAAAGAAAUUAAAAUCUCCAUUUGAACAGGAGCUCUUGAAAAGGCAACAGAAGCUUGAUGAGCUGGAAAGGGAAGAUGAAAAGCAAGAAGAGAGUGCACCAGAAUUUAUUAAAGUCAAAGAAAAUCUGAGGAGAACAUCUACGCUACCUGGGGCAGAGUAAAGCAUCAGCUAAGACCAAAAUAGAUUAAGACCUUCUGCUUUGAAUACCUACAUGCUGACAUUUUGGUAAACAAUGGACGUUCAAAGUUUUGUCUCGGCGGCUACUUACUGUACAUUAAUGCUUGCUCCAUUUUUUUAAAAAAAUGGGGCAUUUUCACAUCUGGGAAAAGAAGAAUAUCCAAAUAAGGUGGCUUUUCGUUCACAAGGGUCCUCAGAUGAGAAAAAGACAGGGAAGGUAAUACAGACUUCGCCUUCCUGUCAAGUACUGAGAUAAUACGGUGCCCUUUCCCAUCACUAACUCUUGGCUAAUCCUUUGAGAUUCAGCAGGACAGGCGCAUGUGUGGAAUGGGAGAUGUUGUGUGAAGAGAGAUUGCUAAACAUUUGGGAUUCAGAUGUUUAUACAGCAGAGCAGUUCCGUUGCCGGUAUUGAAAUCUUCAGUUUAGCUCAAUUAACGCUUGAGGGAGCAAGUUGGGAAACUAAAAAAGACGGCAGAAAGAGAAGUUAUGAUCAAUAAGGAAAGUACUAGCUAAGAUUUAGAGCACCUCAACCUAGGCUGGCACCUGAGGUGCUGUAUCCCAUCAACAAUAACCAGUAAAAAUAUGUGUGUUUCUUCAUUAUUGGGAUUUAGCAGACAUGAAAUGAUGUUUGAGAUUCUUGUCACAAAUCAACAUCCAUGAUAGUUGUAUAGUCAAGUUUACUAUGACAAAUAGAUUCUGAGGUAUUUCCAAACAGAUUGUCCAACCAGUCUUUCAGCAUCUAGUUCUGGUGUCCAGAAUGAGAAGCAGAAAUAAGAUAAGAUACUUUAUGGAAAGGAUCUUUAAGAGCUGCAGAAAAAGUAGCAGGAGUUGGAGUCCUCUGAAUGUGUAAAAAACCAACUAUGAGAGCCACACAAAAAGCAGACAUCUAUGUGUAUGUCUCAAAAAGACAAGUGACAAAUCCACAAAAAAAGGAUUUGCAAGGGAAACAGCAAAGAAUUCUAAGGAGAAAGUCAAAGAACAAUACCAGAUGUAGGGUCUUCUGGAUUUUGCACAAAUAUAACACAUUAAACUAAGAUUCUUUUUUAAAAAAAUAUAUAAUAAAAUUGAAGGUUAUUUAUAGAUUAUAGCUACAUGAAGUCUACACCUCCCAGAUGCCCUUUCCUGUUUUUAAAAUCCUGAAUAUCCUUAUUAUACAGAUAUUUACUAUAAUACGGACUGUUUUAGAUGGAUUUUAAAAUAUAUAAUAACAGGAAGGCAAAAAAGUGAGUUGCCAACCCCCCCUUCAGCUCUGCUUUCGGAGGUGGAGUCAAGAAUAGGCCAUAUGUCUAUCCAAAAAAGGAAGACCAACUCAUGUUUGGUUUUCAGAAGGAGAGCUGUGUUUUUUACACCAAAUACAAGAGACUUCUUAAAAUUCUUUGUUAUUCGUUUAUUAUUCAUUUAGUCUUGAACCGAAGAUAAACAUAACCAAAAGCCACAAUAUUUUUUUUCUUAGUUUCACAAUUUUAAGGUCAGAUUAAGGUCAGCUUUCCUGGUAGGACGGACCCUCUGAGAUGCAGAAGACUACCAGGGAAAGACCAGCCAAAAUAAUACAUAACACAUAUUAUCUAUAUGUAUCAUCUAGAACUCAUAUAUGACUUGAUUGUAACCACAGAUUUUGGGAUGGGGGGAAGCUUAUUAAUAAAAAGCAGUUGUAUAUUUUGUGGAGUCUAUAUUCUGUGAAUUAAAGCAGGCA